AGUUUUAGAAACUAACUCUCAAUAUUACGGCUAAAAUCGUUUGCUUUAAAAAAUUGAUUUAAAGUGAAAUUACUCUAAUUUAAGUGUUAAGAAAUGUCUCUCAUCUGUGCAAUUUCUAAUGAAAUUCCCGAUGUGCCGGUGAUAUCACCGAGUUCAGGAGCAAUUUUUGAGAGGCGUUUAAUUGAAAAAUACCUACAAGACAAUGGUGUUGACCCGAUAUCUGGAAAGGAUUUAACAGUUGAAGAGCUCAUCGAAAUCAAAACUCCACCUGUAUUGAAACCAAAGCCACCAAGCGCUACAAGUAUUCCAGCAAUUUUAAAAAUGAUGCAAGACGAAUGGGAUGUUUUAAUGCUUCAUGCAUUCACUCAACGACAACAGUUGCAAACAGCUAGGCAAGAACUUUCACAUGCCCUCUAUCAACAUGAUGCUGCUUGUCGUGUUAUUGCCCGUUUAAACAAAGAAGUCACUGCUGCAAGAGAAGCCUUGGCUACAUUAAAACCACAAUCUGGAAUCGGAUCCAUGCAAACUGUCAUUCAGCAGCCUACAAUGGCACCAGAAGCACCAGGCUUUGCAUCGCAACCGGUUGAACAAGCUGGAAUGAGUGACGAAGUUAUUCAGAAAUUACAAGACAAAGCUACAGUUUUAACUCAAGAAAGAAAGAAGAAAGGAAAAACAGUUCCAGAAGAGUUAGUCAGUGCUGAGAAACUUCGUGGUUUCUUAACACUUUCAUCACAUCCUGGACUUCAUUCAGCAAGUGUCCCUGGAAUUUUAGCAUUAGACAUCAAUAGUAGCGAUAACAGCAAAAUUUUGACAGGUGGAAAUGAUAAAAAUGCGACGAUUUUCAACAAAGAUACGGAACAAGUUGUUGCCAUUCUGAAAGGCCACACAAAGAAAGUGACAAAAGUUAUUUAUCAUCCUGACGAGAACACUGUCAUAACUGGUUCACCCGAUUCCUCUAUACGAAUCUGGAACGUUCCAACUUCUCAAACAACACUUUUACUCCGUUGUCAUGAAGGUCCAGUGACUGGACUGUCACUUCAUCCUACUGGUGAUUAUAUUCUCUCAACAUCACAGGAUAAAUAUUGGGCGUUCUCUGACAUACGUACUGGAAGAUUAUUAACAAAGAAUUUGGAUUCAUCUGAACGUGGUUUGACAGCAGCUCAAUUCCAUCCUGACGGUUUAAUUUUUGGCACUGGCACAGAAGACGCUCAAGUUUUAAUUUGGGACUUAAAAGAACAAAGCAAUGUUGCAAACUUCCCUGGUCAUAUUGGUGAAAUCAGCGCGAUUUCUUUCUCAGAAAACGGUUAUUAUCUUGCAACUGCAGCAGCUGAUUCUUGUGUUAAAUUAUGGGAUUUGAGAAAGUUGAAGAACUUCAAAACAAUUCAAUUGGAAGAUGGAUACGAAGUCAAAGAUUUAUGCUUCGAUCAAAGUGGAACAUAUCUAGCCAUAGCUGGAACAGACAUCAGAGUUUACUUGUGUAAACAGUGGACAGAGUUGAAAGUCUUCAACGAUCAUACAGCUGCAGCUACUGGUGUGAAAUUUGGAAGACAUGCUCAAUGGUUAGCUUCAACAAGCAUGGAUCGAACACUAAAAUUGUAUGGAAUUGAAUAAAACUUCUUUUCUGCUUUAUUACUUUGUGGAAAUUUUCAUCUCACUUUUCUAACAUAAAACAUAAAAAUAACUUUUUAGAUUUAAAUAAAAAGAAUAUUCCGAUUUAAACAAUUAAUUUAU